UCCACGGUUUCAGUGUGCUCGGCGUUUUCGACUCGUUCGCCCGAUUUUCGAGUUUCGCGUGUGCGUAGUUCGUGAAUUUCAACUUUAUCGUAAUUUUGUUUUACGUUUUGCUUAUUAUUUUUACAUGUUAUACAAAAUGGAAUAACUGAAAUUCAAAUUGAUGAUGAAUUUCACUACUACGAAUAACACUUGUCCAACGGAAAAAGUACUAAAUCCUGGUUGGUGUCCUAGUCAUUGGGAUCUAUUGUUAUGUUGGAAAGCUUCGAAACCUGGUACUGUAGUUUACCAAGCAUGUUUUGAUGAAUUGAAUGGAAUGCGUUAUGAUACAUCACAAAAUGCUAGUCGCCGUUGUAAAUCGAAUGGUGUUUGGGAAAAUUCUUCCGAUUAUAUGAAUUGCCGACCUUUGGAUACAAAUAAUCCAUUAUAUCCAGAUCCAUCGAUUGUAUACACAUCAUACUUUUAUUACGGUGGUUAUACUAUAUCAUUAGUGGCAUUGGUGGCAGCUGUUUCCAUAUUUGUUUACUUCAAAGAUUUACGGUGCUUAAGAAACACAAUCCACACAAAUUUGAUGUGCACUUAUAUUCUAUCUGACUUUACAUGGAUAUUGACAUCAACCCUACAGGAAUGGCUUUCAUCUAGUAAUAACGCUUGUGUGUUGUUUACAUUUUCGUUACAUUAUUUUGUUUUAACAAAUUUCUUUUGGAUGUUUGUUGAAGGCUUGUACCUGUAUAUUUUGGUUGUAGAAACUUUCACCAGGGAAAAUAUCAAGCUUCGCGUUUAUAUGUUUAUUGGCUGGGGUUUUCCACUUAUAAUUAUAAUUGUUUGGGGUGUUUCUAAGAUCAUCACACCAAUUGAAAUAGAGGAGAGAAGUGAUUCUUGUUCUUGGAUGACACCACAUCCCGUGCAUGAUUGGAUCUAUCAAGGGCCGGCGAUAAUAGUGCUGAUAGUAAAUUUAGUUUUCCUAUCAAAAAUAAUGUGGGUAUUAAUAACAAAGCUAAGAUCAGCGAAUUCGGCUGAAACCCAACAAUAUCGCAAGGCCAGUAAAGCUUUGUUAGUUCUUAUACCAUUACUAGGUGUUACCUACAUAUUAACUAUGGUCGGGCCUACGGAAUCCGGUACUUACGCUAACUAUUAUUCUUAUGGUAGAGCUACACUUUUGUCUAUGCAGGGCUUUAUGGUGGCAAUAUUUUACUGCUUUGUUAAUUCUGAAGUGAAGAACACAUUCAAACAUCAUUUCAUUCGAUGGAAUGACGCGAGAAAUCUGAGAACUGGUGGUAGCCGAAGAUUUACUUAUUCAAAGGAUUGGUCACCGAACACAAGGUCCGAUAGUGUCAGGUUGGCCCGGCCAUCGAUCAUCGCGGAUUCGGUCAUGAACAAAGGCAAGAGGGCCUCGACCGUCAGCAGUUCGACGACGAUGACGUUCAUCGUGUCUAACGGGUCGGGCGGCGUGUUGCUAUCGAACGCCUGUCAAAAUCGCAUGUUGAACGUUGCCUCCGAAAAUAUCGUCUAGAAAAAAAAAUCCGCAAAUAUAUAUAUAACAUUUUAAAGGUCCAACGUUAUCGUUGUUAGUAAACAACUAGUGUGUCUAUUCGUCCCGCAGCUGUCUCCUCGCUAUUAGUAUAAAAGUUCUUAACUGGUAAACCCAUUAUUACCUCAGACCCUACGCGUGUCACUUUUAUCACCACAAUCCCACAUUUCUCGUAUGUACCAUAUUUAUUACACGCAAUUACUGUGUGACGUGUGUAAUGUGUAUAUGUAUACGUGCUUGUGCGUGUGUGUGUUGUGUGUGUGUGUGUGUGUGUGUGUGUGUGUGUGUGUGUGCGCGCGCGCAUUCAUAAGACUUUUGUUUUGUAAAGCGCCAUUGCUAAGACCUGCGGCGGGCUUAACAAUGAUUUCGAUUUUACGCAAAUCAUAAUAUGCAUAAUGGUAAAAACAAAAUAUAAGUCAAAGCCGUGUAAAGUAACAUACCCAAUAAUAAAUAAUAAUAUUUUUUUCUGUACGGAUAUUGUGAUGGGACUUUUCAAACGUCCGUAAUUUAAACGCAGUUCAAAAACUAUUGCUCAUGAUGUUGGUAACCUUUAAUACUCAUUCUAUUAUUGUAUUGAACUACCCACCUAUAUUACGAAACCAUUGGCGAAAAAAUACAUAAUAUGCCUUUUUGUAAACAGUUUAUUAACUAUCUACUCACGCAGAACGUACAUUUUUAGAUUUUUAAAUAUCACUAAUUUUAUAAAUCACAAAACAAUAUUCUGACGAUUAUUCUCGCAAAACUAUUCUAACAUUCGAAGAACAUAGUAUUAUAACAAGCAAUAUUUAAAUUUAAAGUUAUCCGAAAAAAAUAUAUUUUAACA